CCCAUGACAGACUCCUUCAUGAAAUGUCCAUCGCUGCGUGCGUCGAAUGACUCACUUGUGCGCUGCUACCAACCAGUUUGUCCCAUCGUCUUGCAUUCAAGACACAAAAAUCGACAUACACACACACAUUGCCCUCCUACCGAAAUGCCCCUCUUAUAUUCAGCACACUCACUACCCGAUUGAUCACCCAACCCACUCGACGGCAAAUCACAUCACCCUCCCGCCACAAUUUCCCUCAUCAGCUGCUUCGCCCUCUCAUAAUAGCCUUGUGGGUCCCUGGCCGUCCCGCUAGAGCCAAAUCCCUUGCCAUAUAGAUUGAGGUGGUUCAAGAGGUGGUACAGGCGGUAGAGCUGCUGCCGCUGGUGGAAGCCCGGCUGCUGGGGCAGGUGGUGGUGGUAAGCGUGAUAAAAUGCCGGUCCGAAGCCUCCAAACAGAGUGGAGAUGGCAAGAUCAAACUCGGCUGCGCCCGACCAGCAAGCCGGGUCGUAGACCACGGGGUUCCUGUCGCUGUCAGCCCCACAAUUGCCCAGCCACAGAUCUCCAUGCAGCAGAGAGGGUGUGGUCUGAUCCACUUCGCUGAGGAUCGCAUCAGCUCUCUCGAACAAGCGUGGCCCGAACCGCUCGAUGCCGUCGUCGGCGGCCGGACACGCGAACCUUCUGCUGGCCUCAUUGUAGAGGGGCAGCAGCCUGUUCAUGAUACAGAAAUCCCUGAAGCUGGUCCGCCACGUGUUGUCCUGCAAAGCAAAGAAGACAGCGCAGCCACAGACACAGACACACAGUCACACUCAGUCGCGUGUGAUAUCUCUUGAACCGCAUCCAUCACCUGGAUGGUGCCGCCCAGGAAGUUAUGUGACGUCCAGCCGUAUUUGCCCACCCCCCUGUCGUUGCCACACGGCAUCAUGUGCAGCUGGGCGAGCUGCUCGCCAAGCUUGGCGAGUGUGGAAGGGAUCGACGCGCCGAAGGGGACGAACUGGAUGUGCUCCAUGAGAAGGAACGCACCGCCGAGGGGCAGAUGGCCGACGGCAAAAGACUCGGGCACACGAAGGGUGCGGGUGUCUGCGUCAAGUGACAGAGAGGGAGGGGGAGGGCGGAUGGCUCACAUGACAAACCAUGAUGGGGCAUCUGCUGCUUGUUGUGUGUGUGUGUGUUUCAUCGUUUCAUCACUCACUUCGCAGAGCGUUGAGUGAUUCCAUCUCGCACCGGAAGUUGGCGGUGGUGUUGCGCUCGUUCUGCUUACAAAGGAAGGUGCCCCCAGUGGCGGUGUACAGGAAAUGACGGUUGAAUAAACCUGCGACGCGCGCACACACACACACACACACACACAUUCACCAUCAUAACAUAUGUCACAUCACAGUGCAAAUCCCCCGCUCAUGGUUCACCUGGUCCAGGCGUCACCUCCUUGACCUCUGUCACCUUGCCGCCGCCAAUCUCCUCUAUCUUCUCAAUGACCGGGUCCCUCAGCAGCGCCGGAAUCCUCACGUCAUCGAAGAGCUGUCUGGGCCGAUCCGCUGACGAGUCAUCUGCCGGCGGUGCCGUCAUGUGCAGUAAGUGCCGUAGACCUCUCCGCCGCCUCCAUGAGUGUCUGUCCGCCCUCCAGAAAGCACGUCGUUGGAUGUGAAGCCUGAAAGCGCUUGUAGAGAUGAGCAGACUGGGGAAGAGAGCAAGGGCAGCAACCACACACAGCAUCGAGCUGCCACCUUCUUCCCG